AUGAGUCGACGCACGCCUAUCGAGUCGCAGCGGGUCGAUGCACCGCUCACGCAGUCGGCGACGUUUCUCGUGCUGUCAGUCACGGAACAGCCUGGUGCCAUCAAGACGGCGCGCUCGGCGCUCGCCAGCGUCGACGAUCUCAGCAAAAACGUGUCGAUCCGCGAUCUCGAUGCCUCGUUUGCCUGCACCGUCGGCGUCGGCAGCGACAUCUGGGACCGUCUUCUCCCCGACGUGGCCCGGCCGGCGGAGCUCCACCCGUUUCCCAAGAUCGAAGGCAGAGUCCACACCGCGGUGUCUACGCCGGGCGAUCUGCUCUUCCACAUCCGCGCGCAGCGCCGGGAUCUAUGCUUCGAGUUCGAGCGCCAACUCAUGGAUUUGCUCGGUGAUAGCGUCACGGUCGUCGACUCGACCGUGGGAUUCCGCUACUUCGAUGUGCGCGACCUGCUGGGGUUCGUCGACGGCACGGCGAACCCCGUGGGCCCGGCGGUCAACGAAUCCGUGCUGAUCACCGAGGCCGACGACUCCAACUCGGCGGGCGGAAGCUACGUGGUCAUUCAAAAGUACGUGCACGAUCUCGCGGCGUGGAAGACGCUGUCCACGGAACAGCAGGAGGCGGUCAUCGGGCGGCGGAAGUUCGACAACGUCGAGCUGGCAGACCAGGACGACGACAAGCAGAAGCCGCACAAGCAACUCGCCACGAUUGAGGAUCCGCAUAGCGGGGCGGAGCUCUCCAUCCUCAGGGACAACAUGCCGUUUGGGAAUGCCGGGCAGGGCGAGUUCGGCACGUAUUUCAUCGGGUAUUCGAGGAAGUUGUGGGUCAUCGAGCAGAUGCUGGAGAGGAUGUUUGUAGGCAGUCCGCCGGGGUUGCAUGACCGCAUAUUGGACUACUCACGGGCUUUGACGGGGACGACCUUCUUCGUGCCGAGCGCGACCGUGCUCGCUGGGCUGGGGGAUGAUUGA